GCCACACCCACUGGCGAGCCGUUUUAACUAUUGCUCUUCCUCUCCAGUAACCUCCCCGGAGUAGCUUGUGUCGUCGCAAUCCUCGCCACACCCACCCUGCACAAUAGCUCACAUAUAGUGGGUCGUUUGUCAUCAGCCAUGGCUUCAGCAGCAGGAAAGGCCAAAAUCCUGGUGGAGGUUACCUCGGACACCGUGUGCCCCUGGUGCUAUGUUGGCAAGCGGCGUCUGGAGCGAGCCAUGUCCCGCCUCGCCGACCGCGCCGAAUUCACCGUGCGUUGGCUGCCCUACCAGCUUAACCCCAACGCACCGCGCGAGGGGCUGGUCAAACUGGACUACUACAACCAAAAGUUCGGCGCCGCGCGCGUGGCUCAGAUGAUGCCCGCCAUGACAAAGACCUUUGCGGAGGAGGGGCUGGAGUACCGCAUGGGGGGCCUCACGGGCAACACACUGGACAGCCACAGGCUCAUCGCUUGGUCGGAGCAGUUCGGCCCAGACAAGCAGAAUGCGCUGGUAGAGGAGCUCUUCCGAGGAUACUUCUGCCAGGAGAAGUACAUUGGGGACCGGGAGUUCCUGCUGUCCGCCGUGGCAAAGGCGGGGCUGCCGGCGGAUGGCGCCGCGGCGGUGCUGGACGACCCACGGGUCUGCGCCGAGCAGGUGGAGCAGCACCUGCAGCACGGAGCAGCCGGCAUCAACGGCGUGCCGUUCUUCGUGAUCAAUAAGAGUGCCAAGUUAUCCGGGGCGCAGCCACCCGAAACAUUUGAGCAAGUGUUCCAACGGUUUCUCUGAAGUCCCGGUACUGCAGCAAUUGCAUCAUGGCUACUGCAGCAAUGGAGCAACAACAACAACGGCAGCAGCAGCGAGGGUGCAUGCCGCACAGUAGUGCUGUUGGUGGGAGGUGGUUGUUGGGAUUGUUUUGGGUGGUGUUGUGGCAAAGAGGCUUGUUGUGACGGGACACGACCACAGCUGGAUGUCCGGAUUAGUGUGGGACGUGGACUGGUUUUGACUCGAUAUGUGUUGUGAUACCCUGCAGACCGGCCCAGGACCGGGGUAUAUAAUUCCGCGUUGGGAUGUUGUGAUGUUGCCCAGAGGACCUUGCAGCCCAACGCCAGCAGAAAUGUAGAAUAGAAACAGCGUGCGGCUUUGGAGUGUAUAAAUGUGCCGGCUAAUGAAGGUGGAGUAGCAUAUGCCAUGUGCGGCAUGCAAGGUCGCUGCAUUGGGUUAACAGCGAGGGUUAACUACA